AUGUCAUCUUCUGCAUCCACAUCUGCGACGCAGGCCAGCAGUGGAAGCUGGUCAGCCUUCCUGAAGUCGAUCGCCUCUUUCAACGGAGAUCUCUCGUCUCUAACAGCCCCGCCGUUCAUUUUGUCAUCCCAAUCUCUGACCGAAUUCUCUUCAUAUUGGGCAACGCACCCCCCAAUCUUCACCGCUCCUGCUGCCGAGUCUGAACCCGCCAAACGUGCUGUACUCGUGCUGAAAUGGUUUCUCACAACACUCAAGCAUCAGUAUGCCAGUAGAAGCGAACAGUUUGGGAACGAAAAAAAGCCUCUGAACCCGUUUCUUGGCGAGCUAUUCUUGGGCAAGUGGACUGAUGAAGCCGGCGAGACCACACUCAUCUCGGAACAAGUCAGCCACCACCCACCCGCUACUGCUUAUUGCAUUCGCAACGACAGGACGGGAGUUCAGUUGGAAGGAUACAAUGCCCAAAAGGCCACGUUUAAAAGUACCAUCAUUGUGAAGCAAAUUGGUCACGCCGUGCUGACAAUCCCAGUUGGACCCAGCGAUGAGCAGAAACAUGAACGCUAUCUUAUUACACUUCCAUCUCUCCAUAUCGAGGGGCUUAUUUUCGGCGCACCAUUUGUCGAACUGGAUGGGUCAAGCUACAUUAGUAGCUCAAGCGGCUAUACUGCCAAGAUCGAUUACAGUGGUAAGGGCUGGCUCUCGGGUAAGAAGAAUAGUAUUGUCGCUACUCUUUAUCCCACUGGUCAGGAGAAGGAAGUGUUAUAUAACGUCACAGGCCAAUGGACCAAAGAAUUCGAGAUAUAUCAAGGUCCCGCAAAGAAGAACUCAUCAGUCACAUUGUUUGGUACAUAUGACGCUGCCGGCACUGCCCAGACUGAGCUCAAAGUUGCUCAGAUAGAUGAUCAGUAUCCUCUCGAGUCUCGUCGGGCUUGGGCCAGAGUUGCCAAAGCUAUUCAAGCCGGUGAUAUGGAUACAGUCUCAGUUGAAAAGGGAAAGAUUGAGAAAGCCCAGCGAGAUUUGCGAAACAAGGAGCGAUCCGAGGAGCGGACUUGGGAGCGACGUUAUUUUUCUUCCGUGACCCAAGAUAAGGUUCUACAAGAGCUAGGUGAUGCUGCCGGGGUUCCUUUAAAUGGGGAACAGGAUAAGACAGAUGGCCUGUGGCGAUUCGAUCCAGAGAAAAACGCUAAGGCUUCUGCCGAGAAGCUCAGCAGUGCGCAAGUACAGGAAAUCGAAAAACAAGUGCUUGGACAGUAG